CCCUCUUCUCGCCGGCCGUCUCUCUCCCGUUCAGUACCACCGGUGCCGCGCUCGGCUCUCUCCACUCGUGCCGCCGCCGCUCACUCGUAUUAGUUUGCACUGACUUUCUUCUCUGCUGUUACUGGCAGUUGCGUCAGAUGGAGAAUAAUAAUGUUUUGUCAUCUGUUCACACCACGGUUUUUAAGAAAUCAGAGACUCUUGAAGGGAAAAGCAUCAAAAUUGAGGGAUAUGACUUCAAUCAUGGAGUAAAUUAUUCCAAGCUUCUAAGUUCCAUGGUCUCCACUGGAUUUCAAGCCUCCAAUUUAGGAGAUGCCAUUGAAAUCAUCAAUCAAAUGAUAGAUUGGAGGCUUGCUGAUGAGAAUAUAACAGAACAUUGCUCUGAGGAGGAGAAGGAUCCAAUCUUUAGGCAGUCAACGAGGUGCAAAGUGUUUCUUGGUUUCACUUCUAAUCUUAUUUCUUCUGGUGUUAGAGACACAAUUCGUUAUCUUGUUGAACAUCAUAUGGUUGAUGUGAUUGUCACUACUACUGGUGGUAUUGAAGAAGAUCUUAUAAAAUGUCUUGCUCCCACUUACAAAGGUGACUUUUCUCUUCCUGGAGCAGUCCUUCGUUCAAAAGGGUUGAAUCGCAUUGGUAAUUUAUUGGUCCCUAAUGAUAACUACUGCAAAUUUGAGGACUGGAUUAUCCCAAUUUUGGAUCAGAUGUUAAAGGAACAACUUGAAGAGAAUGUGUUAUGGACACCGUCCAAGGUAAUCCAACGCUUGGGAAGGGAAAUAAAUGACAAGAAUUCGUAUCUUUAUUGGGCAUAUAAGAACGACAUCCCUGUUUUCUGUCCAGGAUUAACAGAUGGCUCAUUGGGAGACAUGUUGUAUUUUCACUCCUUUCGUAAUCCUGGAUUGAUUAUUGACGUCAUUCAAGAUAUUAGGUCAAUGAAUGGUGAAGCUGUCCAUGCAAGUCCAAGGAAGACUGGAAUGAUAAUUCUUGGUGGGGGUCUCCCCAAGCAUCAUAUUUGCAAUGCCAAUAUGAUGCGCAAUGGUGCAGACUAUGCUGUCUUCAUCAAUACAGCCCAAGAAUUUGAUGGAAGUGACUCCGGAGCCCGCCCUGAUGAGGCUGUCUCUUGGGGAAAAAUUCGAGAUUCAGCCAAGACUGUCAAGGUACAUUGUGACGCCACAAUCGCUUUCCCGUUGCUCGUUGCAGAAACAUUUGCCUCAAGAAGAGAAAAGGAAAAGGGCGUCAAUGUUGGAAGCUCGGGGUGUUAAUUCGUGUAAUGGAGGUACUUUGUUCUAUGUAUUAAUAGUAGGAGCCUCCAUUUUUUUUUUUUUUUUGUUAUCAGCUGAUCUGUCUCUUGAUCCUGGGUUCAGUCAUUCGUUGACCGAAAGGAAAGCGACAAACAUCGUUAACCUUCUAUCCUUGGCUGAGGAGGUUUUCAUCGUUGACCUUCUAACCUGGGAGAGGAGAUUUUUGCCCAUAAAGUCAAUAGCCCUCAAGAAGAUUUUUCAUGUAGUUCCUUGUGAGUUAAGUCAUGAGAGGUUAAAGUUUCCAAGAAAGUGACUUUUUUGUGUAGCUUCUCCUUCACAGAAGGAUUAUGUCUUGGAUUGUGUGUCUGUAUAGUUUGAUUGAGACUUGGUGUUUGGUGCGAUUGAGAAUCUUGGCCUCCUAUUUUGAAUUGUGUUUUUGCUAUAUCUUCGAAGAGUUCGAUUUUCAAGUUUCUUAGUUGGGGAGACGUUUGUUGAAUGGCCGAGGAGAUCCUUUUCCAUUA